AAAAAAAAAAACCCAUGUCCAAAUAUUUUUCAAGAGAUAAUAUUAAUAUAAUAAUAUUUUACAUAAUCCGUACAACCUGACAGCGACCACUGAGGCAUGGUGGCACAUGCCUGGUGUCAUAUCAUUCCUCCCAAAUCAACGGCUCGGCGCCUCCCAGUACGGAUCCCCUCAACGGUCCAGAUCUCCACUUUCCUCCCCUCCUAACUUUCUCUCUCUAGACCUCGGUCCAGCUCUGGUCGGCUCUCCUUAUUAUUAUAUCUGCUGGGCAAGGCAAAAAAAAAAAUUAUUAAUAAUAAAAAGGCUCCGUCUCUCUCUACUGCAACUGAGUCCACAGCUCCCUGAGCCACCGAGCUCGAUUCUCAAUCGAGAAAGUGAUAGCUCUGCUCUGCUCUGCUCUGCUCUCUCCUCGCGGACUCACUGAAACAGACAAGAGGGAGAAGUGAAGCAAGCGGGUGAAAAAGGGGGAAAUAGCUUUCCUUUUUUUCCCCCACUCCUUUCCUUUUUUUUUUUUCACUCUAGUUUUCACCGCUCCUUCUUCUUCUUCUUCCAUCUCGCUGCCUUUGGCUUGGCUACUUCUGCCUUCUCUCAUGGUGAUCUCGAACGGCGUGUAGCUUUUGUGGCUAGCUACUCUUUUUUGAUUGCUGCUCCCCGUGAAUUUGCUUCAGUGCGUUUCGCUGCAAUGGUCAAAGUUUGUUCCUGACUAGGUGGGAAGUGGAGUCGCGCCAUGGAUUUGGGCUUGGUUUGAUUCCCUAGCUUUCUCCAUUUCCUUUUUUUUUUCUCGGCAUUUUCCCCCCCUGGUUGCUGCAAGCGUAAGGGAGUUAGGGUUUUCGAAUUGGGAAUUUCUGCAGUACGGAACUGGAGGCGAUUUUGGGAAAGUGAGAAAGAGAAAUUUGAGUUGGUUGUUUGUGGUGGCGUGAGGGUUUGAGUGAGAAGACUAUGUGCUGCUUGCAUUGGAAGGUGAUUGAGGUAAUGCGGAUCCCAGCUCUUAGGGAGGAUGGUUUCAUUUAAUUGAUUAGCGAUUUUUUUUUUCCGAAUCUUUUCUUCUUUCUGGUCAAUUUUUAAGUGAAUAUCAAGGAAGCCCGGGCCAAAAAAGGGCAAGGAUAAAAAUAAAGAAAACAGAAAAAAAAAAACUAGGAGCCGGGAAAGUGGAAGAUGAAGCUUUCAACGUCAGGGUUGAGUCAGCAGGGUCAAGAAGCAGGAGAGAAGAAAUGUUUGAAUUCAGAGCUGUGGCAUGCCUGCGCUGGACCACUUGUGUCCCUACCCACAGUGGGAAGCCGUGUGGUCUACUUUCCUCAGGGACACAGUGAGCAGGUGGUUGCCACUACUAACAAGGAAGUUGAUGGGCACAUUCCAAAUUAUCCUAGCCUGCCUGCACAGUUGAUAUGCCAGCUGCACAAUGUUACCAUGCAUGCAGAUGUGGAAACAGAUGAAGUGUAUGCCCAGAUGACAUUGCAGCCUUUGACUCCGGAAGAACAGAAGGAUACUUUUCUUCCCAUGGAGUUGGGUAUGCCUAGUAAGCAGCCUACCAAUUAUUUCUGUAAGACAUUGACAGCUAGUGAUACUAGUACACAUGGUGGAUUCUCUGUCCCUCGACGUGCUGCCGAGAAAGUCUUCCCACCACUGGAUUUCUCACAACAGCCGCCAGCUCAAGAGCUCAUUGCAAGGGAUCUUCAUGAUGUAGAAUGGAAAUUCAGGCAUAUCUUUCGAGGACAGCCAAAACGUCAUCUACUUACAACAGGGUGGAGCGUGUUCGUCAGUGCAAAAAGACUUGUGGCAGGGGACUCGGUGCUCUUUAUCUGGAACGAGAAAAAUCAGCUUCUUCUUGGAAUUCGUCGGGCUACUCGGCCACAAACUGUGAUGCCUUCAUCAGUGCUUUCCAGUGAUAGCAUGCAUAUUGGACUUCUUGCUGCCGCAGCUCAUGCUGCAGCAACUAAUAGCUGUUUUACAGUUUUCUACAACCCAAGGGCUAGUCCAUGUGAGUUUGUAAUACCCCUUUCCAAAUAUGUGAAAGCUGUCUAUCACACACGUGUUUCUGUUGGGAUGCGGUUUCGGAUGCUUUUUGAGACUGAAGAAUCAAGUGUCCGUAGGUACAUGGGAACCAUAACAGGCAUAAGCGAUCUGGACCCUGUUCGUUGGCCUAACUCUCAUUGGCGAUCUGUGAAGGUUGGUUGGGAUGAGUCAACAGCAGGUGAAAGGCAGCCUAGGGUGUCAUUAUGGGAAAUAGAGCCUUUGACCACUUUCCCAAUGUAUCCAUCCCUAUUCCCCUUCAGAUUGAAACGACCUUGGCAUCCAGGAUCCUCAUCUUUUCCUGCAGACUCAAGAGAUGAAAAUGUUAACAGCCUAAUGUGGCUGAGAGGUGGUGCCGGGGAUGGUAUUCCUCCUAUGAAUUUUCAACCUGUCAACAUGUUGCCCUGGAUGCAGCAGAGGGUGGAUCCAUCAUUGCUUAGGAAUGAUCAGAAUCAGUGGUACCAGGCAAUGCUGGCAGCAAGUUUGAAUGGCACGGGAAAUGGAGAUCCCAUGAGGCAACAAUUCCUGCAGUUUCAGCAGCAGCCUCCUAUGCAGCAGUAUCAGCAGCAUUCAGGCAAUAACUACCACCCUAUGUUGCAGCUACAACAGCAACAAGCGAACCAACAGUCAGUCUCUCCUAAUAUUCUCGGUGCGCACAAUCCAGUCUCAAGUGAUGGCUUGCCCCAGCAUCUCCUACAGCAACAGCAGCUCGGCAAUCAACCAGACAAUCAGUCCCAGCAGCAAGAGCCUAGUUACCAAGAUCCGCUUCAAAUUCAAAAUGACCAGCUUCACAGAGGGCAGUCAAGUGUGCAUUCUCCGUCCUUCUCCAAGACAGACUUAAUUGACCCGAGCACCAAAUUCCUGGGAUCUACAAGUACUAUACAGAACAUGUUGGGUUCUCUGGGUCCUGAAGGUAGUGGCAACCUUUUGGACUUGACCAGAAUUGGUCAGUCGUCUAUGACUGAACAGCUUAACCAAGAACCCUGGGUUCCGAAAUACACACAGGCACAAGUGAAUGCCUUUACAGGUUCAAUGUCCCACCCAAACCUCUAUCCAGCUGACAAAGAUUCUGCACCGAAACUGGGAAAUGGUAGCAUCGAGGCCCAGAGUCCAAACAACUUUGGAAUGAACAUUGAAUCUUCUGGACUCCUCCUGCCCACCACUGUACCUAGAGUUGCAACGGCAUCUUUGAGCGAUCCUGAUGUGUCAUCAAUGCCUUUAAGCGAGGCUGGGUUUCAGAAUUCUCUUUAUUGUCAACAAGAUUCUUCCGACUUCUUACCUGGUACAGGGCCGGUUGAGUCACUAAAUGGAGGGCCAACAUUUGUCAAGGUUUAUAAGUCCGGGUCGGUUGGGCGGUCAUUGGACAUCUCCCGGUUCAGCAACUAUCAUGAGCUGCGGGAGGAACUGGCACAGAUGUUUGGAAUCGAGGGGAAAUUGGAAAACCCUCAUAGAUCAGGCUGGCAGCUUGUAUUCGUCGACAAGGAGAAUGAUGUUCUUCUCCUUGGAGACGGUCCGUGGGACGCAUUUGUAAACAACGUGUGGUAUAUCAAGAUACUGUCACCAGAGGAUGUAGUGAAGAUGGGGCAGCAAGGGGUAGAGUCGUUCAGCCCCAAUCCAAGCCAGAGAAGCAUCAGCGGUGGGCCUCCAGACCUGGCGUCGGGCUCGUUUGGAUACUGAUGAUGAUAGCAGACAAAUUCUCUUCACAAAGCCCCUAUGCGAGCAGAUAAAUAUAAUAUGUAAGCGUUUCUGUUCUAGUGAGUCGCUGUGUUUCCACUGUUCCACUGUUUGUCUCUGCUGUGAGGUGAUUACUUGGAAGUUGGAAGACUCCUUUUAACUAAGUUCACGCCUUGUGGAUGCUUUGACUUGUAUGGUGAGCAUCCGAAAAACUGGUACCUGUAUAGACUUGUAAGGCAGCUGCAAACAUAAAGUGCUUUCCUAGGCAGAACUCUUUCUCUUGGACGGUCAUGUGGUGGCAAGGGAGACUUAGAAAGUUCAGUAUGAUUCUGUGCUUUGCCCGUUUCUGACUUGCUGUAUGCCAUUGGCGACCAAAGUCCUUAAAAAUUUAUGCAGCAAGUUUUUUCGAGCGAG